GUCUGCCUGAAAUGAGCGAUGCAUACCCACACAUACAUUAGGUGCCCCCUCCCACGUUUAUGCUAAUCUGUGUGUGCGCGCGCACGCGUGUGUGUUUGCAUCAGUUGCGUAUGUGCUCCUGGCUGCAGCACAGCACUGAGGAUAUGUAGCUUCCUGUGCGCAGCUCAUUCUGCCGCAUGCCUCUUACCGCCACCAUUACGCAAAGGAAUUCCCUGCCGUCUCCGCUACUGCUGCUCACAGAGUGUGAGUGUGGAGACGAGAGAGGAGGAGGAAGAGGAGGAGGAGGAUAAAGAGACAUGCCGCAAAGCAACACUGACAGAUAGAGGACAGAGCCGGAUUUCAGAGUGGAUUUUUUUUCUGUGAAGAUGUGCAGCGCUUGUUUACGAGGAAAACACUAUGCGUGCGGGAUUUACUGCUGACCUUUGUGCCGCUGAAUUGCGCACAUAUGUGAGAAGGAACACUCUGUAUUCAUGUGCGUGAGUGACAGAGCGUGUGUGUGUGAGUGAGUGAGUGAGUGAUUGUGUGGCGUGUGAAUGUUUGUUCCCGAUGCGGUCUGAGCGGGCUAGCCGUGUGUGUAUCGUGGUGCUGGAGGAGGUAGAGGAGGAUGACUCCUGCUCUUCAUCCCCACCUCCACGGCCCAAAUCAUCCCCAGACCGCAGAUCCCAUCAUCCCUCUCGAAAGGUAGCCGCUGAGGAUGACAAGCCAUCUCUGUUGAGAGCCAUCUUCAAUGUGGACCCAGAUGAAGUUCGCGCCCUCAUAUUCAAGAAAGAGGAUGUCAACAUUCAGGACAACGAGAAGCGGACCCCGCUGCAUGCUGCAGCUUACCUGGGAGACGCGGAGAUCAUUGAACUUCUCAUCCUCUCAGGAGCCCGAGUUAAUGCCAAAGAUAACAAGUGGUUAACUCCUCUUCACCGAGCUGUGGCUUCUUGUAGUGAGGAUGCUGUGGCAGUGUUACUAAAGCACAGUGCAGAUGUGAAUGCUCGCGACAAGAACUGGCAGACGCCACUCCAUGUAGCAGCUAGCAAUAAGGCGGUACGCUGUGCUGAGGCUUUGGUCCCGUUGCUAAGCAAUGUCAACGUAUCUGAUCGGGCGGGACGCACUGCCCUGCACCACGCUGCCUUCAGUGGACAUGUAGAGAUGGUGAAGUUGCUGCUGUCAAGAGGAGCCAACAUUAAUGCGUUUGAUAAGAAGGACAGGAGAGCCAUCCACUGGGCAGCCUACAUGGGUCACCUGGAGGUAGUGAAGUUAUUGGUUGCCAGUGGAGCUGAGGUCGACUGCAAGGACAAGAAGGCUUAUACCCCGCUGCAUGCAGCUGCCUCCAGUGGCAUGAGCAGCACAGUGCACUACCUGCUGAGCCUCGGGGUUAAUGUAAAUGAGGCUAAUGCCUAUGGCAACACACCACUCCAUUUGGCUUGUUACAAUGGACAGGAUGUGGUUGUUGGUGAGCUGAUCAAGGCAGGAGCCAGCGUUAACCAGGUGAACGAGAGGGGUUUCUCUGCCCUCCACUUUGCUUCUUCCUCGCGCCAGGGGGCGCUGUGCCAGGAGCUGCUGUUGGCCCACGGGGCUCACAUCAACUUGCAGAGUAAAGAUGGGAAGACUCCCCUGCACAUGGCAGCUACACAUGGAAGGUUCUCCUGCUCUCAGGCUCUCAUUCAAAAUGGAGCUGAAAUUGAUUGUGAGGACAAGAGCAGAAACACUGCCCUUCACAUUGCUGCCCGCUAUGGCCAUGAGCUAAUCAUUACAGCACUCAUCAAACAUGGAGCCAACACAGCCAAGAGAGGCAUUCACGGGAUGUUCCCCCUACACCUGGCAGCUCUCAGCGGCUUCUCAGAUUGCUGCAGGAAGCUGCUGUCCUCAGGGUUUGUCAUAGACACUCCCGACGACUUUGGAAGGACCUGUCUACAUGCUGCUGCUGCUGGAGGGAACCUGGAGUGUCUGAACCUGCUGUUAAACAUCGGAGCAGACUUUAACAGGAAAGACAACUUCGGCAGAGCUCCGCUACACUAUGCAUCAGCCAACUGUAACUACCAGUGUGUGUUUGCCUUGGUGGGCUCCGGGGCAAGCAUCAAUGAGCUGGACAAGAGAGGCUGUAGCCCCUUGCACUAUGCUGCUGCUGCUGACACUGAUGGGAAAUGUGUGGAGUACCUUCUGAGGAAUGACGCAGAUCCAGGUGUGAGAGACAAACAGGGUUAUAGUGCAGUGCACUAUGCCUCAGCCUACGGACGUACACUCUGCCUGGAGCUGAUGGCAACUGAGACGCCCCUUGAUGUGCUAAUGGAGACAUCAGGAACAGACAUGCUGAGUGAUUCAGAGAGCCACGCUCCCAUUAGUCCACUCCAUCUGGCAGCUUAUCAUGGACACUGUGGAGCCUUAGAGGUGCUCUUGUCAUCCCUGCUUGAUGUGGACGUUCGUAGCCCAGAGGGAUGCACCCCCCUCAUUCUGGCCUGCUCAAGAGGUCAUCAGGAGUGUGUGUCUCUGCUGCUGCACCACGGCGCCUCACCCAUGACUCGGGAUUACAUUCACAAACAGACAGCCAUACAUACCGCAGCUAUGAAUGGCCACCCAGAGUGCCUGCGCCUGCUGUUGAACAACAAUGACCAACACGUUGAUGUGGAUGCACAAGACAGCAACGGACAGACUCCUCUGAUGUUGGCAGUGUUGAGCGGACAUACAGACUGUGUGUACUCUCUGCUCAGUCAAGGAGCCAGUGUGGAGAAUCAGGACCGCUGGGGCAGGACAGCACUACACCGAGGGGCUGUGACAGGCCAGGAGGAAUGUGUAGAGGCCCUUCUCCAGCGGGGAGCCAGCGUGAGUGUAAAGGACAUCCGGGGGCGCUCCCCCCUGCACCUGGCAUCUGCCUCUGGCCGUGUGGGUGCCCUGGGUGCCCUGCUGCAGGCCACCAGCACUUCACACAGUCACACACACCUCACUGACAGCAAGGGCUACACACCACUGCACUGGGCCUGCUAUAACGGGUAUGACGCAUGUGUGGAGGUGUUGUUAGAUCAGGAGGUGUUCAGGAAAAUUACAGGGAACUCAUUUAGCCCACUGCACUGUGCUGUGAUAAACGAUAACGAGGGAGUGGCAGAGAUGUUAAUUGACUCCCUGGGUGCAAAUAUUGUGAAUGCAACGGACUCCAAGGGCAGGACUCCUCUUCAUGCUGCAGCUUUUUCUGACCAUGUGGAGUGCGUUUCCCUUCUUCUGAGCCAUGGAGCUCAGGCAAAUGUUGUUGACACCCACAUGCACAGAACACCACUGAUGAUGGCAGCUCUAAAUGGACAGACCAAUGCUGUGGAGGUGAUGGUGAGCGGUGCUAAGGCAGACUUGGCACUGCAAGAUGCAGACAGGAACACAGCAUUGCAUUUGGCUUGCAGCAAGGGUCACGAGACAAGUGCCUUGUUGAUUCUGGAGAAAAUCAGCGACAGGAAUCUCAUUAACUGCACCAACGCUGCUCUGCAGACGCCCUUGCAUGUAGCAGCCAGGAAGGGAUUGACAGUGGUGGUCCAGGAGCUGCUGGUGAAAGGAGCCAGUGUGUUAGCUGUGGAUGAGAAUGGUUAUACUCCAGCUUUGGCUUGUGCUCCCAAUCGGGAUGUAGCUGACUGCUUGGCCCUCAUCCUCAACUCAAUGAUGCCCACCUCACCCAUGGUCACCAUAGCAGCUUUGCCCACUCUCUCGCUUACUCAAACAGUCAUCAACCACCACCCGAUCUCAAACCACAUUUCCAAAGGUGUGGCCUUUGAUACUCCAGCCCCACUGAGGCCUGACCACGCCUCCUACUGCAGGCCAGAACGCCUGCUGUCCUCUGUCUCCGGAGAUGAUGAAAUGAAUGACUCAGAUUCAGAAACGUACUGAGGACUAGUGGAACCUCAAUACUGGCAGGUUAGCCAGCCCCUCAGGAGCCUUAAUAGAUCACUGACAAAAGCUUGACAGGGCAGUAAAUACAAGCAGAGUAUUCUUAGGUAAGUCUCUUCAAAUCUAAAAAUAAUCCUCGUCUGAACCACAUGCUUGCUUCCUUCAGGUGCAUACACAGUGGAAAAGAUGCACUAAUGUAAUAAUUUGGUAAAAUAAAGAAUAAGUUGCCAACACUUUUUUUUCCACGGCAUUACUGUACGAUCAGUAACAUGGCCAGCGUCCUUUUCAAUGUAAAGCAGUGUUUUUAUUUUUAUGUUGAACUCUUUCUGUUUGGGGAUACUUUCUGGAGUGGUUUUAAAUCUUUUCAAAGAUUUUUCAUUCACAUUUACUAAUGGAGCAUCUGGUGAAGAAAAGCUCAGAGGACUGCUUUUUUUUUCUUUGUUAAGAUACAGAAACUGAGGGACAAUCUUAUGGGACCAGCUGAAGAAGCGUUUUCCCUACUGUACUUGAGAUUUUAUUCAGAUUUCUUUCACAGCAGCCACUGACUGUCACUCUGGGACACUUAUAAUGCUGCAUUCAUGAUUAGGAUCGACUUCUUGAUUCCUAGGAGAGAAAGUCAAUAUUGAAACCUACGUAUUUAUUCCAGGUGGAGAUUGAAUCGUUGAGAGCAGAUUGUGACAGCAGGUGGAUGUAAGACCAAUGUACUGUACAACUGAUGAACUGAAUGAGCAGCCCAAGGAAUGGAUAACUUGCAAUGCUGUAACUUCUUAAUGUUUGUGUUGUGUACAGGAGACAAGAGAAGGUGGCUGUCACUGUGUGGAUUUGUUUGUGUGUGUGAGUGUGUGUGAGAGAGAAACUAUUAAAUAUUGCCUUUUGAGGAAUAUGCAACAUUCAAAGAGAGGAUGAAUGCUACUUGGUGCAAUGUUUGUACUGUAAAGAUUAAGUAACAGAUGAAUAAAGACAUUUGUUUUGGUUUAUUUUA